AUGGGAUCUAAAAUAAGGAGUAAGAUGCCGGAGCCAGGAUACAGUAUUUUACAAAAACAAAGAGAAUUCCUAUGUAAUGAACUGGUUGCUGGACAUUUAGUUGAUGACUUAUUCAGCUUUCAAAUUUUAGAUGACGAUGACAAGGAUCGUAUAGAGAAAGCUGAAAGUCGUAGUAACAAAGAUGGUGUAAGAACAAUGUUAGACAUAUUGAGUAAAUCAGGACCUAAUGCAUAUGACAAAUUCCUGAAGGCACUUAUUUGUUGGAUAGAUGAUUUACCUGAUGAAAAGAAAAACAAGUCUUUGAAUGAAAAAAAUUUGCUCCGUCUGUCAAAUUUUUUCGCAAAUGGAUGGGAAGGUGUGGUUUUGUUUUUGGGAAAUUCUGAAGCCCAGGUUUAUCAAGAUAAGGAGAAUAAUAGAAGUAGCACACAAAUGCAAUUAUUUUCUGCUUUAAAUCGAUGGCGUCAAAGAAAGGCUAGAGAUGCUACAGUAAAAGAAUUACUAACAGCAAUGAGAUUAUGUUCUAGCUGUAUAAUCGAAUGGGAUAGUGUUCAGAAAUAUGUUACGGAUUCUACUGAGUUGAAUCAUUGUGAAUAAAAUAAACUGAACUUUAUCACAAUGAAAGUAAAAAAUAUACAGAACUGAAUGAUAAUUAU